AUGCCUCCUAAGAAUAGGAAGUAUGAAUGUGGAAAUGAUAAGCGAGCUCUUGAUAAAUUUUUAAUCAAAGAACCACAAGUUUCAAAUGAAAGUCAUUAUGUUGAUAAUAUUGAUGUUGAAUUUCUUGAUAAUGUGCCCAUUGAAAAUGAUAAUCUUGAUAGUGUGCCUUUUGAAAGUGAUAAUCUUGAUAUUGUGCCCAUUGAAAAUGAUAAUCUUGAUAGUGUGCCCAUUGUUGAUGAAGUUAAUAAUGAUGAUGUUGAUAAUCUUGAAGAAAUUAAUAAUGAUGAUGAUAAUGUUGAUUAUGAUAUAUUUGAUCCAAGAAAUUGGGAUCGUCUUCAACCUAAAAUGGUUGAUUUAUUAGUUGUGAAAGGUCAUAAAAGCGAUAAUUCUAUUGUGAAGGGUCCUAGAGAUAGUUUGAAUAGACGCUUUACGACUAAUUUGUAUAGUAGAGCUUUAGCAAAUGGAGAGAUGUGUGAUAGAGAUUGGCUUAUUUAUUCGAAAGAGCUUGAUAGAUUAUUUUGUUUUUGCUGUAAAGUUUUUAAAAAUGGGAUUUGCAGGGGACAAUUAGCAAAUGAGGGUUAUAGUGAUUGGGUACAUGUUGGUACAAGAAUUAAAGAGAACGAGUUAGGUAUGGAACAUGUUAAAAAUAUGACUAUUUGGUAUGAGUAUCAUCAAAGGCUGCAAAAAUUUCAAACUAUUGAUAAAGCGACUCAAAAAUUAAUUGAGAAAGAAAAGGAUCACAGGAAAAAUGUUUUAAAAAGAGUUAUUUCAAUAGUGAAGUUUCUUGCUAAACAUAAUUUGGCCUUUCGUGGUUCUAAGGAGAAAUUGUAUAAAGAUAGCAAUAUCAAUUUUUGGGGUUUGAUUGAAAUGUUAGCUGAAUUUGACCCAAUCAUCCAAGAACAUGUUAGACGUGUUGUAACUCAAAAAGUUCACAUUCAUCAUCUUGGGCAUAAAAUACAAAAUGAGUUGAUUUCAUUGCUUGGUUCUGCGAUUAAAAUUGAAAUCAUUAGAAAAAUUAAACAGGAAAAGUAUUUCUCAAUGAUACUUGAUUGUACUUCUGAUAUUAGUCACCAAGAGCAGAUGUCUUUGAUAAUAAGAUAUGUGGAUAUUUCUUCAGCUUCUGUUAGUAUUGAGGAAUCAUUUUUAGGAUUUUUGAAUGUGAAUGAUACAACUGGUCAAGGGCUUUUUGAUGUUUUACAAAAUGAAUUGAAAGAACUUGGUCUCGACCUAUUUGAUGUGAGAGGACAAGGUUAUGAUAAUGGGUCAAAUAUGCAAGGAAAACAUCAAGGUGUACAAAAGAGAUUUUUAGACAUGAAUCCGAGAGCCUUUUAUACUCCUUGUGGUUGUCAUAGUCUUAAUUUGACAUUGUGUGAUAUGACUAACUCUUAUAAUGUAAAAGGGUUGACACCAAAAUCAUUGUCAUCCACUCGUUGGGAGAGUCGUGUAGAAAGUGUCAAAGCUAUAAGAACUCAAAUGUUAGAUUUUACAGAAGCUUUACUUGAAGUGUCAGAAAAUGAUCUUGAUUCUAAAAUACAAAAUGAAGCUAAAUCCUUAGCAACAAAUGAGCUUGGUGAUUUUGAGUUUUUGAUGGCCAUAAUUAUUUGGUUUGAAAUAUUAUUUGCAAUUAAUUCUGUUAGCAAGCUUUUACAGGAAAAAGAUAUGCUUAUUGAUGUUGCUAUGAAAAACAUAAAGGGGUUGAUUUCAUAUUUUGAGGAAUAUAGAGAAACAUGUUUUUAUAAGGUAUUGGUUAACACUAAGGAAAUUGCGGUGGAAUUGAAUAUUGCCACAAUAUUUCCUCAAAGGCAAGUCGAGCUAUCAGAAGAAGAAUCUUUCAGAGUUAAUUAUAUUCUCUACCUUGUUGAUCAAGUUGUUGUUUCUCUUAAUAAGAGAUUUGAGCAAUACCAAGAGUAUGAAAGUAUUUUUGGUUUUUUGUUUACUUCUCACAAGUUACAAUCAUUGGAUGAUGCAACUUUGAAGUCUUGUUGUAGUAACUUUGUACAGGUAUUGAAACAUAAUGAGCAAUCUGAUAUUGACGGGAAUGAAUUUUUUGCAGAGUUGAAGUUACUAAGAGAAAUGUUGCCUGAAGAAACCAUAAGACUUAUUGAUAUAUUAUUAUUUUUGAAAGGCUUGGAUUGUUUUCCUAAUACAGUUAUUGCAUAUAGAAUUUUAUUGACUAUUCCUGUAACAGUUGCUUCUGCAGAAAGAAGUUUUUCAAAAUUGAAGUUGUUAAAGACUUACUUGCGGUCUACCAUGUCAUAG